AUGUCCCGAACCAUGGGCCAUGCCCAAGACCGCCGAAUAGCUGCUCGAUACAUUUCACUCCAGGCGGGUGACUCAUUCGGCGUACGUCUUACCCUCGACGAGGACUUGACUCUCACUGACGGCGACGAUGUAUUCGUCACUAUCUCCAUCGGCUAUGAGCACCAUAGCAAGACUCAGACGUGGCGCAUCAAUGGAACUGCAGGAGAGAUGUUGAAAGGGAAGACGAACACCCUCAUUACUCACCAGUACUUCGCCAAUGACGGGCCCAAAUGCGGUCGUCCUCUACACGUCCCUCCGCCACCUGUUUCUAGAGCAACUACCUCCGCUGCCACCUGGCAUUUUGGCGUUCAUCCACGGGCGCAGCCCGGCUCUAUUGCUGUGUUCAUAGAGUUCGGCCAGAUAGCCGAGCACCUCUUUGAGGACGAGACUAGAGAACCGAGUCAGCCACCCGUCACAUAUCGGAAGAAGAACAAACCAAAGCGGGUAGCUGUCGUCCACCCUGCUUGCAUUAUACCCAGCGAUAACCGUGUAGUCUUUGACUUUCGGAAUAUCAUUUCGAUAAGUGUGGAUCGCUCGAAGUACAAUCCUGCUCCUGCUAUUCACAACAAACUUCCAGCGGACAAAGACAAUAAAAUUGACUCCCGUGCAACGGACCAAGAAGGCGACGGACGAAGCACCAGACCCAAGGAGUUAGAAGAUCAUAAGGACCCGGGGGCUGCAAUGCCUGUAGUCGACCUAGAGAGAGGAGCAAUUGAGCCCCAGCACAUCUCGACUUCUUUAUUUGAAGACACAUACGGGACCAAAGACCUCACUCAGUCCACCGUCACUUCGGGUGAGACCUGCAAGACCGACAAGGCAGAUCCGUUACCCUUGCUUGCUGGCGCAGAGGCUUCUGAAGUGUCCUCGGCUACUAUCAACGACAGCCAGAGCUCGGCCAUGAAAAACUCCGUCUUCAAUAGUGCCGUCACGACUGAACUCACCCCCCUUCGUUGCCGGACAAAAUUCCUGUGCUAG